AUGUCAACAGAAGCUAAAAGGAGGAAGAACCAGAAGAAAAAGCAAAAACUGAAGCAGAAGAAGGCUAUAGCUAAGGCUUCUGUUGCUACAGAAGAAUCAAGCGCCCCGAUAACUGCGGCAGGUUCCAUUUUGGGUAAGGAUUCUGAGUUAAGCGCUUCAGCAGAAAUAGUUGGCGAUGUGUCAAGCUCUAAUGUUGUACCGAAGAUCUCUGACGUGGCUGAUCCACUACCUGAAGAUGAUGCGUCUACUAUGAAAUUAAUUGAAUCUGUUUCUGAUGAUCCUGUUAUGAAUCCCGUUAAGGAGGAAGAGCAAGAAGAGAUAGGGGAGAUUCCACAACCAGAACAAAACCAAUUAAUUGAGAAUGCCGCAUCUACAGAGCCAGAAGAUGUUGCUGAACUGUUUGGUGGGAACGCAAGUGAUACCCAAAUUUCUUGGGAGGAAAACGAACCCAAUGCUAAUGAAAGCGGAUUGGAAGAAGGGGAGAUCAAAGACAAUUUAUUUUUAUCGCUCUCAAAUGCUGAUAAAGCCUCAGAAGAGCCGGUGAACCAAGCUACUGAAGCGCUAAAAAAUGAACACGAUAAUGAGACCUCAACUAAUAAAGAAGAAGGCGAAGAAGAAAAGCAUACUCGACAGAAACAAGAAAUUUUAUUUGAAGGAGAAAGCCGUUCAUCUACUGCGUUGUUUGAACAAACUGAAUCAGAUGGCAGCAUAUCUAACAGCAUUCGAAAGGAUCCUAACCUAUAUAAGGCACAUAUGGAAGAGGAUGAACCCUUGUUUGAGGAUGAAGAACUUUUCAAACCGGACAAUAACGAAGAAGUAAUGCCUUGGGAGGAGGAUAACAAUAAUACUGAAGAUAAUAAUUUAUUUGGCUCUAGUUUUAAACAUCAUGAGCUCCACGCGGAAGUCAAACAUGAGGAUGAGCAAGCAACCGCAAAUACUAAGAAAGAAGGAAAUUUACCACCAGAAGUGAAGAAAUUUUCUUUUCUAGCAGAAGAUGAUGAACUAUUGAAUGAUGAAAAUGAAGAGGAAGAGGAAGAGGAAGCCGUUUCUACUAUCCAUGAUGGAAAUACAGUCGAUACUUCUAGAAAGGGUCCAUUAUCUGUAUUAGAUGAUGAUAAUGAUAGUUUUUUGGACUCAGAUGAAGAUCAAGAUCCAUCACAGAUUAAAGAAUCUCAUGAAGUUUUAUCCUCAGCACAGCAGAGCUAUGCUGGAUUUGCAUCCCAAACUGGCCCCGGAGAAAUUACAGGAAAUGUCUUUUGUACGCCAGCGUCGAUGAAUAGCCAAUCUGGACCGCAAUCUAGGGCCUUAAGUUCACCUUUCUCCGAGACGCAAAAGAGCAACAAAUACGCACCUGAUCAAAGUCAUAUGCAAUCUACAUAUGAUUCAUUUUAUCCAAUGCAGCCUCAAUUGGGUUUAGAGGCCCCUCAUUCUGCGUUACGCCCCAUGGAAGAUAAGUCAGUCAAAAAGCUUGAAGAAGAGAAAAAGAAAUCAGACGCCUACGAUUUUCCGAUGGAUCUAGUGAAAACUAAAAUUCAGCCUGCUAAACCAGUAGGAGUACCACCUGCUAGAGUUGGUGCAACUGUUUCCGUGGCCGCUGCAAUACCGCCGACAAUACCUUCCAUAUUGCCUGAUGUUAUUGCAGGCCCUCCAAAAGCGCCUGUGAUUGCUAGUAGAAAUGCAUAUCAACCAAUUGCGGAAAAUUUAAGUCCUCCUAAAGCAGGGUCUGUGGAACCGAUUGCACGUUCGAGGAGUUCUCUUUCGCAAAAUCCUUAUGCGCCUGUGGUAGGUGCUGCUCAGCAACAAAAUCCUGUAUCUAGUUUUUCAAAACCUGUUGGGCCUGUACCACCUGCGAAUCCCCUUGGAAAUACUUCCCCAGUGAUGCAAAAUGUGCAAUUCGGCGCUUUCCCUUCUAAUGCAGCUAGUGGUAUGUACGAUCCAACAAUAAAUCAUGGGGACCUUCCAAGAGAACGCAAGACAUCUUAUGGUCUGCCAUCAAGAACUCGAACUACUAGCAACGCCUCCGUAAGUAGUUCGGGAUCUGGUAUUACUCAAAAGCUUUCAUCUAAAACGCCUUAUUCAGGUCAAAGAUUCGGGUUUCCUUUGAAUCCGCCACAAGUUGGUCAAAAUAUUCCAAGUAUUCAAACUUCGGGCUUAGCUAAUUCCAUUAAUUCUGUGCCGUCACCAAACACGCAGAAGAGAACUCAUGCUCGAUCGAACUCAAGUGUAUAUGCACCUGUUCAAGGACCUCAUGCUUCGAAGUACAUCCCAACAGUUCAUCCCCAGUUUCAGCAAAAACCGUCUGCUAACAAGUUAGAUGUUUCGAAAAAGGAUAAUCCACAACGUAACUUCCCAUCUGUACCGCAUGUACAGCCAUUCCCUUAUCCAGGCCAUCAGCAGCAGCAGCAGCAGCAGCAGCAGCAGCAACAACAACAACAACAACAACAACAACAACAACAACAACAACAACAACAACAACAAGAGCAACAUGACACAUUUGGACAAACUGCUGGUUAUGACCUGAACCUUCGUCAAUAUCCAAUCUUCCACUGGGGUCAUCUCUCGAAGGUUGUGUACGCAAUGCCAACGUCGGUAAACUCUAAUAAUUACUUGACGCAAUCCAAUUCUUCAGUUAAUGGCUUUACGAUUUGUAAUUCAGACUCUAUUUUGAAGCCUAAUUUAAUCCUCAAAGAUUUCCCUGGUCCUCUCCUAAAGGGUAAAACAAAACUCAAAGAUGUUGAUAAGUGGCUAGAACAAGCCAUGAACUUCCAAAGAGAGAAUGAUCCUGGAAAGGAUUUAGUCUUGUGGUCUGUCUUGAAGCAAAAGUUGAUAAAUCCCAAAGCUGUUAAAGAGUUGGCAAAUGUCUUAUAUGAUACAGAAAAUGCUACUCCUUAUGGGCGGCCCCAUCACUCUGCUAACACCAGGGGCAGUCAUUAUCCCUCUAAACUUGAUACUAAUGGGCAACUACAAGUAAUGACCUAUUUACGAGCAGGAGCUCAUGACUCUGCAUUGGCGGUCGCGUUGGCUAAAAAGGAUUACCCUAUGGCACUUAUCUUGAGUAGCUUAGCUGGGAAAGAUAAAUGGUCUGAGGUUGUUGAUAUGUACUUGCAAGAUGGGCUUCAAGGAACGCUUGCAGAAGGCCCAAUUUCUGUCGGUCUACUGGGAAUUAUUUUCCACGUGUUUGUCGGUAAUACUGCACGUAUUCUAAAAGAAUUUUCCUCUAAUGAGGCUAAGUGUAAUUGGGCAAUGCAGUACUGGAAAUUGAUAGUCGCAACAGUUUUAAAUAAUAUUUCGCCUACAAAUGCAGCCGAAAUUACUUUACCUCCUGUGAUCAUCGAGUUUUUGGUUGAUUUUGGUGUUUUUUUGAUACAGCACGGCCACCAGGAAGCGGGUGUUACUUGUCUUGUCAUUGCAAACGUGCCAUUAUCGACCAACGAAGUUAUUGCGAAAUCAGGUGUCAAAUUUGAAUCAUUCGGUAGUAUGAAUUCCCUAGAUGCUAUAUUAUUGUCUGAAGUUUAUGAGUAUGCGUAUUGUUUAUCCAAUGAUACAGUUGAUUACUUUCCAUCCUUACUGUAUUCGAAAGUGGUACAUGCUGAAACGUUGAUUGAUUAUGGACUUCCCGCCAGUGUUUCGAAAUAUCUUGACACCAUUAACUAUCAUUUACGAGGAAUGCAAAAAACCAGUCCUCUCUACAUUGCCCUAUCUAGUCGACUUGAAUUGAUAGAUAUGCAACUAUCUGAGGCAGCAACAAGUUGGCUAGGUAAGCCGAAGUUGAGUAGUGUCUGGGGUCAACUGGAUAGAUCGUUCAACAAAUUCAUUGCAGGUGAGGCGGACGAUUUUAAUGCUCCAUUAGAAAAAACUGUAUUCGACAGUUUUACGCCAAAUAUCUCAAGAAACGCAUCAAUGGUAGACCUUAGCCAUGGAUUCACGCCUAUUAGGCCCCCUAUGGCGAAUAGUUCCCUCCCACAUACUCAUACAGAAAUUCAAUUUUCAGGAAAGAGCAAUUAUUCUUCUCAUUUAGUAAAUGAUUCCUACUUGGCGAACACCCACACUAACUAUACACCAAAUAAUGAAAACAGUAACACUUCGAAUACUCAUGUAUCGACUUCGCAAAUGGGACAAAAGCCAGGCUACGCUCCUCAUGGUACACCAAAUUAUAAAUCAUUGAAGAACGCUGAAGAUAUUUCUUCUGGCAACUUUGAACCGCAUAUGCAUUCAAGCAAUCCUUCACCUGCAAAUAUACACUCUAGGAACACUAGCAUUGCAGCUGCAUCUACUCCUCCUCCCAUUUUUUCUGCCCACCAAAAGAAAUCAAAGAAUAAGUAUUCUCCCACGGCUGGAAGUACCAUACCAGUCAGUCAAUUGUAUGGGACUCCAGCUCAACCCAUGACCUCUGCGGGUAAUUUCUCAGGUUCAGCCGCCAUCGGCGCUGGUUCAUCAACUAAGUUAUUGUCCAAGCAAGGUAAUGAAUCAAUGGAUUUUUUCCCACCUUCUACUACUUCUUCUGCAAGCCAAAAGGAAAAGAGAUCUCCAAUAGUAAACAGUACUCCAUUAAACAUGUCUUCUCCGGCGCCAAAAAAGACGACUUUUUCGCCUGAAAUCCCUGUUCCUCCAAAGAAACUAUCCAGUGUAACAAGUUCACCUCGUGAUAGAAGGCCAAAAAAGAAUUACUCUCCACCAGAUGAUAGUAUACCUGGAAUCACUGCUACUGAAUCAAUGCAAUAUUCAAAAAUUUCGGAAAUGUCGUCUACAGACGAAUAUAUGGGUCAAUCCGUGAGAACUUCAAAAUAUGAGUAUUCCUCUACAACAGAAACGACCUCCCUCCCAUAUAUGACAUCUGUGCUCAAUAAUGAUGAUAAAAAUGAAGAACAGGCUUCUUUUAGUGAAUCUCAGGUAUCAGUUAUAGAACAUAGUAUUGAUGAUGGUAUUAGCCAUAACUUUGACGCUAGUACCGAUGGGCAGUCGUCUACCAAUAAUAAUGAUCAUGAGCCUGAAGCAACUCUAAAAAAGUAUUCUCAUAGUAUCGAUGAUCAAGGCGAAAGUACUGAAGUUGACGUUGCUACUGCAACUAAAGCAACUCUUGAGGUUAAGGAAGAAUUAAAGUCUGAAGUUUUGGAAAACCUUUCAAGUGAUCAUAACUUUGAACAGCCUGUCUCUCCCAAGUCACCAAACCGCUAUGCUCAAGUUGGCAAGCCUACUAAUGUUCCUCUUAAGUCGCCAUUUUCACCGGUCAAUGUUCAGCCUAAGAAAACUUUUGUUAACCCAUACAUGCCAAAGGUUAUUUCUGCUGAAACUUUACCAGCCAAAGCAUCAUCAAUGGAAGAUCGGCAAUGGGAUCAGACCUCCGAAUCCAAGAACAUUUACCAAUCCACUGUUCCUAGGUACGGAGAGGCUUUCCGUUCCCACAGCACUGAACCUGCUCCUCGGCAUGCAUCUUCUUCUCCUGUCUUAGCCCAUCCUAUCCCUCGGACCUCCAGAUUCGAGCCAAUUAAAGACAUCCCACAUAAUGAGGAGGAUAGUUUUAGAUCUGAUAGAGUUCCUGUCAUUAGGGCAUCAUCUAAUCCAAACUUCAAUCCAUAUACGCCUAGAAUGAGUGAACAAUACUAUGACGAUGUGGUUGAAGAUGAGUCUGAUGAUGAAGAAGAGGAGAAUAGUGAUGAAUACAAGAAACAUGAAGCAGAAGAAGACACAAUAGAAGAGAAGGAAGUUACAAAGAAAGAUACUGCAAAAGAUGCAGACACUAUCAAGUCCACUAAAAGUGACCAAUCUAAGACUGGCAGUCGUUGGUUUGGAUGGUUGAAGAAAGAUCCUAAUGAAAAGAAACCCAUCAAGGCAAAACUAGGCCAAAAGAACAACUUCUACUAUGAUGAAAACCUCAAAAGGUGGGUUAACAAGGAUGCUAGCCAGGAGGAAAAAGUUAAAGUGGUUACUCCUCCACCCCCAUUGCCUGUUGUAAAGAAAAAGAUUAAUAACACCCCAGAGAUCAAGCCACGUUCGGGUUCGGUUGUUGGAGGUCCUGCUGUUCGUACCCAAGGCGCAAUUGCUCCCAUAAAUCCACUUACCGGUGAAGCAAUGAAUCUAACUAGCCCAUCCCCAGCUCCGUCGCCGUUACCUCCUUCUAAGCAACGAAUUCUAUCAAAUGUAAGCUUAUCCGGUAAAAAUGCAAACGGCUUAGACGACUUGAUAUCACUCACAUCUGGCCCAAGUACGGCCGUGUCAAAAAGGAAGAAAAAGCCUGGUAGAGGUUAUGUUAACGUUAUGGAAAACUUAUGA